AUUAUUUUAUUGUAAUACAAAGAGUGAGUAUUCAGAGUUAUUUCAGUUUUAGGAGCCAAGGGACGUGCACUUUAAAAUGUUACUCAAAAUUGUGAUUGGAACCCUCCUCUUUUAUACAUCAUCAAAAGCUGAAUCCAUAGAAGACAUGAAUCCAUUUAUGUACAGCAAGGUUGAUGCAGCCGUGAAUUUCCAUGACAUAUUCCCAUACACCAGCAGCCUCAUAGCUGGGGAGACAGCCGUAGCACCGGACAUUAAAGACGAAGACUUCAACAUACACAUAAUCCCACCACAAUUAGUAGAAUUCAGUACUAGUAAAACCACAACAUACUAUCCUACUACUGCACCUUUACCGAAAUAUAUAGAUAGUUUAAAACUGAUGACGAAAAAGAAAGAGCGUAUAGUUGGAACUCCAACAGAGGUAAUAACAACAGAUUUUGAUAUAACCACAACAAGAACGCCAAAUUCACUUGUAUACAGUACAGUUAAUAGUGUGAGGUUCAAACCGCAACCUACUACGACCACAGAAAGAGUUGUAGAAGAAAUUUUUGUAAUACCACAGAGUAUUACUACAGAAGCGCCUUACGCACAAACAAAUAAACCUAACAGAGAAAGAGGGAUUUUAGAUUUACUGUUUCCACCCAAAAGAGUCAAAUCGUUUAAGAACGUAUUUGUUACGUUUAGAAAUCUACUGUCACAUACAUUUAAAAGAUAAGUUAGAUUACUCUAUGUUUCUUGGAAUUUCAAAAACAGUGUGUUGUAUAGUUUGGGGUAGAUAGUGUAGGUAAGUAGCUGUAAUCUCGCCAAAAACAUAAUUACUAAUUAACGGAAUUAGCCUUUGAGAACUCAUUGACUUGAAUUUUGCUCACUUAGAACCGACCCAAAGAUUCUUUUUUACCUAUCUAAAGUCAGAUUUAAGUCUGAUAAGAUUCUUCCAAUUAGUUUUUUGAAUUAAAUUACCUAUCGUACUUUCCCAUUUCUUUAUUGCCUAUUUAAAAUUCCUUUAAUAAAAAUAUGGUUUUAUUUAGUGCUAUAACCUCAUUGAAAUAUUAUAUAACAAAAUCAAAUCUGAACACAAAUUAUUUAGACACAUAAUUUUAUUU